CCAACUUUGCAACGGCUCUCUCUCUAGCCUCUACUUUCUAUAUUUUUCAUCUUUCAUAACUCCACUUUCCUUCUCUGUCCCUCCUCUAUUGUAUUUAUAUACAUAUUACCUCCUCCCUUUGAAUUUAUAUACAGUCCCUCUCGUUUCUCUUUCUAACUUCUCUCAUUUCACUUUUUUGACAUCUAUCUCUUGUUUCUCUCUCUAAGAUGGGGCUCGGAGGAUGGGUUGCUAUGGCCAUGGCUUUCAUGGGUUUUUUAGUUUCUGCACAAUCUUAUGAGUUUUUGGUUGGCGGCACGGCUGGUUGGGUCUCUUCUCCGAAAGAGGAAUACAACGAUUGGGCUGAAAGGAACAGGUUUCAGAUCAAUGAUACUCUUGUAUUUAAAUACAAGGCCGGUUCUGAUUCAGUCCUCUUGGUGAGCGAACAAGACUACCAUUCAUGCAAGACUUCUUCUCCCAUCUCGAGCUUCAAAGAUGGCAACACCAUUUUCAAAUUCCCUGGCUCUGGUCCCUUCUUCUUCAUUAGUGGCGAAAAGGACCACUGCCAAAAUGGGCAAAAGCUGAUUGUUGUAGUGUUAGCAGAAAGACAUAAUAAGCAUUCCAUAUCUCCUCUUCCUUCUCCAUCACCAAAAUCUUCCCCAUCUUUGGCCCCUUCCCCUGCAUCUUUGGCCCCUACUUCCCACUCUCCAUCUCCAUCUUUGGCCCCUACUUCCCCCUCCCCUUCAAAUCCUUCUUCUGCUUCUCCUCCAUCUUUUGCCCCUCUUCCCCUCUCCAAAUCCUCUCCAUCUUUCGCCCCUGCUUCCUCUCCAUCUUUGGCCCCUGCUUCCCCCUCCCCUUCAGCACCAUCUUCGGCCCCUAUCUAUCAGUCCCCAAUUUCUUCACCAACUCCUUCUCCAUCCUCAGCUCCUAUUUCGUCAGAGCCACCAACUCCUUCUCCAUCCUCAGCUCCUAUUUCGUCAGAGCCACCAACUCCUUCUCCAUCCUCAGCUCCUAUUUCUUCAGAGCCACCAACUCCUUCUCCAUCCUCAGCUCCUAUUUCGUCAGAGCCACCAACUCCAUCUUCAUCCGAGCCUCCAUCCCAGGGUCCACCAACUUCAUUAGAGCCUCCAUCUCCUAGUGGAAGUGGGGUUUCCGUUUCUCCAACGCCUACUCCUUCUAACUCUAACUCGAUCUCUGUUGGUUUUAGAAUGGGAAUUUUGCUGAUAUUUAGCAGUUUAUUGGUUUUUGUUUGAAUUUUUUGAAAUCAUUUUGGGGACUGAAUUGGAGAUACUACUGAAAUUUCAGAAUGGUUGGGUAGUUUGUUUAUUUACCGUGUCAUGUGGAUCAUUUAUCGAGAAAAGGUUGGUGAUUUUGUAUUGGAUUGGAAUAAGUUUUAGUUGAAUGGUUGGUUAGUGAAUUGGUUGGUUAUAAACAUUCAUUGGAUGAAUAAGAUGCAAUUUUUUUUAUGGA